ACAGUAGCCGGGCUAAAUAAGGAUUAGGAAUAAGGAGUGUGUUUUUGAUUAGGAACAUAAAGAGCUUGUGAGCCAAGGCAAGCUGGGAGAAUGGGCAGUGAAAGCCAACCAGAUUGUGGACCCAGGUUUUUCAAAAGCCAUUUUGGGUUCAGAUGUGGUGCAUGGAAUCAGAUUUAAUACAGUUUUGCUAAAAUAAUAUUCCCAAUGCACACUGAGAGAAGGAAAAAGCAAUAUUCCUGAAGGCUUGGGUGUCAGCUUUGGGGCAGGUCACCUGAUCAGUUUUGCAUGAGAAGAUCCGCUCCAGCCCAGAGUUCACCUUCAACACUAUUAAGCAAAAUACCUUGCUGAUGACAGUAGGAUUGGACAUUGCUUGUCCCUGCUGCUGCAGGUGCCUGGAUUCACAGCUGGGUGUCCUGUAACUUUUUCUUUUUCUUGGAAUUUGUGGAUUAUAUACCUGUUUUCCUUCUUAAUAUUUAUUUAAUAAAGCCUCUUAGGAAAUUUCACCGCAUACACAACAGAGCAGAGGACUGGGGUUAAAGAUCCCAAAACCAAGAUGAGUGUCACUCAGGAAGACGUGGAGAAAUUCCUUGAUGGAAACCCGGAUUUCACCAAGCAUUACUUUGAUAAAAAGUUGAAGCCUGGGGCAAUUUCUGCCAUUCUUGGCCAAACACAGGUGCAGGUGGAUUUCACUUCUUUUAAGGAACUCAGCCAGGUGGAGGAAAGCGAAAUUUUGUUUGAGCUCAUCCGAGACAUGCAGGAGAGUAUCAACAUGGAGAAAGUUGUCUUCAAGACCCUCAGGAGGAUCAGCUUCCUCAUCCAUGCGGACCGCUGUAGUCUCUUUAUGUACCGUCAAAGGAAUGGUAUAGCCGAGCUGGCUACCCGGCUUUUCAACGUCAAUAAGGACGCAGUCAUGGAAGAUUGCCUAGUGCAGCCAGACAGUGAGAUAGUCUUCCCACUGGACAUUGGGGUGGUAGGAAACGUUGCCCAAAGCAAGAAAACUAUUAAUGUUAAGGAUGUUUCACAGUGCAGCCAAUACAGCCCAUUUGUGGAUGAUCUCACAGACUACAAAACCAGAAACAUUCUGGCCACCCCAAUCAUGAAUGGCAAGGAUGUGGUGGCAGUGAUAAUGGCAGUGAACAAAAUAGACGGGCCUUACUUCACCGAGGAAGAUGAGGAUCUUUUUUUAAAGUAUCUAAAUUUUGCGUCUUUGAACCUCAAGAUCUACCACCUGAACUACCUGCACAAUUGUGAAACACGUAGAGGACAAGUCCUGUUGUGGUCUGCGAACAAGGUGUUUGAGGAGCUGACAGAUAUCGAGCGACAGUUUCACAAAGCCCUGUACACAGUGCGAGCGUAUCUCAACUGUGACAGAUACUCAGUGGGGCUGUUAGACAUGACAAAAGAAAAGGAGUUCUUUGAUGUGUGGCCUGUUCUCAUGGGUGAAGUACCUCCUUACUCUGGGCCUGUAACACCAGAUGGAAGGGAAAUCAUUUUUUACAAAGUCAUUGACUAUAUUCUGCAUGGAAAAGAAGAAAUUAAAGUUAUCCCGAAUCCACCAGCAGAUCACUGGGCUUUGGUUAGUGGACUACCAACCUAUGUAGCUGAAAGUGGCUUUAUCUGCAACAUCAUGAAUGCAACCUCAGAGGACAUGUUCAAGUUUCAGGCAGGACCUCUGGACGAAAGUGGCUGGACAAUCAAGAACGUGUUGUCACUGCCCAUUGUGAACAAGAAAGAAGAGAUUGUGGGAGUGGCCACUUUCUACAACAGAAAAGAUGGCAAACCAUUUGAUGAACAGGAUGAAACUAUCACGGAGUCUCUGACACAAUUUCUGGGCUGGUCUGUGCUCAACACAGACACCUACGACAAGAUGAAUAAGCUAGAGAACAGAAAGGACAUUGCCCAGGACAUGGUGUUGUAUCAUGUGAAGUGCAGAAACGAUGAAAUUCAGAAUAUUCUGAAAACAAGAGAAGUUUAUGGGAAGGAGCCUGCCGACUGUGAUGAGGAAGAACUUUCUUACAUACUGAAAAAAGAGCUCCCAGACCCAAGGAAAUUUGAAAUCUACGAGUUCCGGUUCUCAGAUUUUGACUGCACAGAACUAGAGCUUGUGAAAUGUGGCAUCAAGAUGUACUAUGAGGUUGGGGUGGUGAAAAAAUUUCAGAUUCCACAGGAGGUCUUGGUGCGAUUCAUGUAUUCCGUCAGUAAAGGGUACAGAAAGAUCACCUACCACAACUGGCGCCAUGGUUUCAAUGUUGGACAAACCAUGUUCACACUGCUGACAACAGGGAAGUUAAAGAGGUACUACACUGAUCUGGAGGUGAUGGCAAUGAUCACAGCUGCUUUCUUGCAUGAUAUUGAUCACAGAGGGACAAACAAUCUAUACCAGAUGAAAUCACAAAAUCCACUGGCAAAGCUCCACGGCUCGUCCAUCCUUGAGAGGCACCAUUUAGAAUUUGGCAAGUUUUUACUUUCAGAAGAGUCCUUAAACAUUUACCAAAACCUGAACAGAAGACAGAUAGAACAUGUAAUCCACCUUAUGGAUAUUGCCAUUAUUGCAACAGACUUGGCACUUUAUUUCAAAAAGAGGACCAUGUUUCAGAAAAUUGUUGACUUGUCAAAGACUUAUGAAAAUGAAAAGGAGUGGGUAGAUUUCUUAUCACUGGAGACAACAAGGAAAGAAAUUGUGAUGGCCAUGAUGAUGACUGCAUGUGACUUAUCAGCCAUUACAAAACCAUGGGAAGUACAGAGCAAGGUGGCUUUGUCUGUAGCAGCAGAAUUCUGGGAGCAGGGUGAUCUGGAAAGGACUGUGCUACAGCAGAAUCCCAUUCCUAUGAUGGACAGAAAUAAAGCAGCUGAACUCCCGAAGCUCCAGUGUGGUUUCAUUGACUUUGUCUGCUCCUUCGUGUACAAGGAGUUCUCCAGGUUCCAUGAUGCCAUCACUCCCAUGUACGAUGGCCUGAUGAACAACAGGAAGGAGUGGAAGGCCAGGGCAGAUGAGUAUGAGGCCAAAAUGAAGGCUAUUGAAGAGGAGAAGAAAAGGAAGGAGGAAGAAGCAGCAGCUGCUGCUGCAAAGAAAGCGGCCAGUGCAAACCCUAGCGGAGGUUCACAGUCUAAGACAUGCUCCGUUAGUUAAGCCUUGUGUCUCAAAGGACUGCUGGACUUCCAGAGUGCUUCUUAGCCUCUCACUCAGGACUGCAAAAAAGGGGGAGACCAUUCUAACAGAAAGAUCAUGAACACAAAGAGAGGGACUUUUUCACUGGAAGGCCAACAUAGGAGCUCUGAACUGCACUUCUGUGUUUGGUGCUGGCCAAUGUUUCAGACCUGGACAAAGGUCCCCAUUCUCUUUCACUUACCAAAAUAGCAUUGAUUACUGUAUGUGUCUUGUCAUACUUUUCCUUCUAUAUCUUGCCUGCUGAAACAAAAAAAAAAAAGCAAUACAGGUAACUGAUCAAUUUUCAUUUUUUUGAUAUCAUGUGCUGUACCUGCCUCUUUGUUUUUAUAGUAAAGAAAAUUGGUAUUCAUUAAUAAUAUAUCUCCUUAUUCAAAAUUAAGAUCUCCGAUAAAUCCAGCUCAAUGCAUGUGGACUGUGUGGUGGCAGAGAUCUCAGAGUGUUGUUUUCUUUCUGCCUCACCAGAACCAUUUACUAAAAUUCAGUUUUGUCAAAGCACAAAACACAAUUGUAUUAUUUUUAUUACAGAAUAUCCAUGUACUGGUAAUUUAAAGAGUACCAACCCCCAAGUAAAAUUGGAACAUGAAAAUAUUUAUAAAAUAUGAUUAUUAAAAGCAUCUUUUCCAAUUACAUUAUUCCUAAUGGAUGUUUAUACCUUAUCUGAUGACAGAUUAUUGACCUUUUUUAGACUUCUGAGGUAUGUCUGGAAGGUUUUACAGUGUUUGUGAUACUCUAGCAAUCUCUUGGUUCCAAAUGGGUGCUGAAUAUGAGUCUAUUUUUCUAUUUAAAAUGUAUUUGCACAGGUUCUAAGAAGGAAAAUUUACAGAAUGUCUACCCUUAACGAGUGAUGCUACAUUAACAACAUAUCCAACUAAUUUUAAGAAGCACAUUAGACUCAACUAUCUUAUUCUCUAAACUAGGAUGGAUAAAAAGUAAAUAUAAUCUCCUAUCAAAAAAUAUAGUAGUAUGAAGGAUAUAUUUUUAAUUCCCUCUCCAGGUCUGAAAGUACAGGGCUUUGAUGUUUCUGAUCUGAAUCAUGGCAAUUGUAAGCUUCUACUUUAGGCAUUGCUUGAAAAUAACCUAAUUAUUCCCAAAACAGGCUUUUUUUGGCCUGUUUACUUCCAGUCAAAAACAAUUUACAUUAGGUGAAUUACUUUUUGGAAAAAAAUAACAAUGCUACAGUAAUUAUCCUAGUGUUUAGUUCUUAAAAUUAUAUUGAUAUUUACUAAAAGGAUUUCAGUGUGGAGUAUUCCUAUUAGCAAGAUAAGUAAGACAAUUCAGGAAUGUUUCUGAUCACCCUCCAAGCUCUCACGAUUACUUGUCUUUUGUUAACAGUACUUUCACUCCAACCCAAGGUUGGUUCUGUACCAAGCUGUUGAAGUACAUAUCUUAUCCAAAGUAUAUAUGGAUGUAUACGGUGAGGUGAUGAAAAAGUGUUUAUUUGCAAAUUUUAUUUAGCUUAUUUUGCUACAUUUUUGUAGCUGCAAAAGUAUGAGAAUACAAAAGUUGCUUUUCUUCUCUAUUGCAUGUGCAUGUCCACUGUAAAUAUGUGUAUGUGUGUAUUUGUGUAUGAAACAGUCAGCAUGUUUUUUCUUCUUCAGAAAAUCAACAGGCUUUUCUUUGCUGUAAGAGACUGAAUAGGACAGUAGAACAUAAGUACAGUGCAUUUUGGAUCAGACCUUCAGUAAUAUGCUCAUACAUCCUCAAGAUCUGUUAUUCCAUGCACAACACAGAAACAUCAUUUUGUGAAGGAAGCUAUGUGUAUGAUACACGUAUUUGUAUAUAUGCUAGAUAGGUGCCUGUUAGUGUAGCACACCUUUCAAAAUUUGAAACCCCACCCAAUUUCUGUUGGUUUUAAAGAGACAAGAGCAAAAAGUUUGAAAUAUGGAUAGAAUUUAGUUUUUUCUGUCUCUUGUAAGAAUACCUAUGUAAGUGCUUGUGGAACUCACAGAGAACAUCUAAUGCUUAUUGCCAUGGUAAUUAACCAUUUUACACACAAAACAAUAGUGGAUUGUUUUUCAUUUUAUAUGGGAAGUGUAUUGUUAGAACCAUAAUAUUACAUAUGAAGUUACAAAAUUACAUUGCUUGUAAUUCUGCUUUCUUGAAAAGAUGGAUUAGAAUGAGUGAGAGGUCAUAUUCCAUUUAUAUCCAUAUAAAAUAUGUUUACAGAAUACAUUUCUUGUAUGCAACUUUGAAGUACAUUACAUUGUGGGCCACUGUUUGUAGAUAUAUUGUAAAUAUAUUGGAAGUGUAAAUAUAUAGUAGGUCUACUGUAUAAAGUAUCUGUAGAAUAUACUAUUACAGAGUACAGGAAAAUAAAACUUGCUCAUUCCAUUCAAAAGGCAGACACACUUCAGCAAUUGCAGUUUGAAAUCUGUAUAGCAAAUAAGACUUUGCUUCUCUUUCAUGAGAUGAUGUUUCUCUUAUUGUGUGAAACAGGUGUCACUGAAGGAUGGGCCUAAACAUCUUUCAGAACAUGUCUCUUUAUCCUGGAAUUGCAGCAUUUGGUCCUGCAGGUUUAGAAUCACAAUGUGCUCUGAAUGUAACUAAGCAACAUUUCAGCUCACCAUAUUGUUUUAUUACUGAAAUAUAACAUUUUAAAGUGUCAUUGAGCUUGUAACACCUUCAAAGACCAUAAACAAUGAUUUCAUAUAUGAAUAAUUAGGCAUCCUAAGCUAACCACAUGGGUCUUGCAAAGCUGAACUUAUUUUGCAGGGGAAUAAUAAAAAUAAAAAAUGUAUAUAAUUUAUCACAUGUUGUUAGUGUUUUUGGCUGUUUGUUUAUCACACAAAUUUCACAUUAUAUGAAAGUGUAUUUAUACAGUAAACGAGAGGUCAUUAAUGUGGAAUGUGGAGGGUCAGUUUUUAUGUAAAUCUAAGAUCACAUCUAAUCAUGUUAGCCCACUUCUUUCAAAAGCUGAAAAAAAACUGUUCCUCAUCUUUAUUGGCACUGAUGUCCUUGUACCUAACAAUGCACACACCGAUCAUUAACUAACUAAUUUUAAGUAGUGUGGGUUCUUAAUUGGGCAUCUCGACAAAGCCUUCAAAUUCAUGAGGUAUAUGUCUAUGAGAGGGACAAAGCUGAGUGUUUGUAAAUGGCAUACAGUACAACAUUCAUUUGUUGCUGAAGGCACAUUGCCUGCCCUGAGAGUUUGAAACUGGUGAUUCACCAGCUCAUAAAUCUUCUUAUCCGGCAGAAACAAUCAGCACUUUCCAAGCAUCUGUUGCUAAUUGUGUUCAUAUUUAAUCUGCCAAGGUCGAUUUGGAAAACCACGGUCUAAUUUUAUUUCAUUAUCCCCAGGAAUCCAGGUAUUUAGCACUCUCGCAGCGUCAUUUAGAAUAAGCCUGAACGCUAAAUCAGUGGAGCCUUCCCUAUGCUGCAUUUAAACCAUGACACCCCUACUGAUCAGGAUAUUUAAAUAUAUCACAAAUGCCUGCUGCGCUCCAGAGCUUUCUUUAAAACUGUACGAGCCAAUAAAACAUUAAGUGAUCACAAAGGUGUUAAUUCAAAAAUAGCAUGUUUUUUGGCUCUUUAUUUUCAUAGUUAUGGGUUUCACAGAAAAUGAUACAUUUAUGCUGAGUGACUUUCAUUUGCUCCAGAGGUCCUAUUUCUGGAUAAAACCUUUGGACACAAACCUCUAUUUUCUUCAUUAUAUUCCUUUACAUCCCUUUUUCCUGUCACUAUUAAUUCAAGCUACCCUUGAUCUAAUGUAUGUCACCGUCAGUACUUUUAUUUCUUGUUUGGAAACAACAAUGUUACACUUUACAGUGCAUUUGCCAUUUUCUAUAAUAAAUCCCCUUGGAAGACUUAAGUGAGGUUUGACCAUUAGGUUAGGCUGAUUUAUAUCUUCGCUAAUGUUGUCAUAUAUUCUUGAAGAAAAUGGAUGCUGAAACUGUGGAAGAACAUUGUGUUUUUUGCUCUAGUAACAUUUCAGAUAGAAUACAGUUACACAAUGGCUCUUGUUGUUAUUGUAGUGAAGUUCAAACUCCUAAAAUAUCAAGUUAACCCUUUCCAAUUAACUUUGUUUGAUGUAUACUAACUCAAUUAAAUGUUGGUCUCUCCAAAUAUAUCUCCAGCAACUCAAUAAAAAAAAGAUCAGUUUUCUGUCUAAAAUAGUUUCAGAUCAUAUUUCCUCCCACAUAUUAUAACCUGGAGGCCUUCAGUAUUCACAAUCCUUCUCAAGUGGACCCGAUGAUGAAGGCACCACUGUUAACUCAGCACUUUCUUAUAUUGGCUUGUGACCUAAAUCCCAGGAUUUAUCAUAAACCACCAGAGGAUUAUGUUUCCUUCUGUAUUAAUCUCUGCACUCUCCAAAGCUGAAGGGCAGAUAACACCUUUUGCAGUGUAAAUUUUAAAAUACUGCCCCCAAAGUCACAGAGCUUUCAAAAGUUACACUGCAGUGCAAGAUUUGCCCCCAAAAUAUUAAACACAUUUUGAAAUGGCUUAUGGCUGCAAUUAAUCAAUUACAAUAGCAUUCAGAAAACAAGAUCAAAUUUAAUUUUAAUUCCACAGCAUUUACCACUGUGUAGCCUGAUUUUAUCAGACAUCAAAUAAGAUCAGAGAAAAUGCUGGACCUGAUCAAUAUUAGGAAAGGAAACCUAAAGAAAACAAGGCUGCCACUGCAAGGGUCCAGCAGGUGGUGCACUUUUCCCCAGAUUAAGCAUGCCUUGUACAGUAUAUCAGUGUCUCCUGUUGCUAUUGGAAGCAUCGAGCUUAAAUCAAGGCCCUGUAAAAAAUAAUGAUUAAAAAUUCACUACAUGUUCAUGACAUCAAAGUAACUUGCUAAUAUUACUGAUAUAAAUUUAUAAAGAGCUUUUCAAGCAUAUUAAUGCUAAGAGAGAAAGCUCUAGUCUUUACUGAAUUACAAUACAGUGUACUUUUUUUCCCCCAUGAGUCCAUCUACUGAAUAUGAUGAAAGAAAUCAAAGGAAAACCUUAGGAAACAGGGAAUGCCUAUAAAAAUGUUUGUUCUUCUCCACACAUGUAAUACACA